AUAUGUGUGCAGAGUUUCACGAGGAAAAUCCACACCUGCUAGGAUAAUGAGUCGAUGGAAGGGAGGUGUGGAUGGAUGGUCGGUUGUUUUCGAUCUCCAGUUUUCGAGGGGUAUGAAGCUCCAAUGAUGUGGUGUGAUGGAGAGGGAGAGCUUAGUUCUCCGUGGUGGGAAGAGGAAAGUGAGCGACUCCAUCAGGAGGCGGGAAGCUGAACGGCGGCACGUGCAUCCCGAUGUUGCAGCUGCCAGAUGUGGAAGGUGCAGGCAACUCUGCCGAGUGUCUGACGGCGAAUCAAUUCCCAGGCGCAAAUUUCGAGGCUCAGGGCCCUCGGCCUCUUUCUUAGCUGCUUUUCUUCUGCUGCCCACCUCUGCGCUCGAGCUUCUUCCCGUCUUCCUACUCCUAGGUUGGCUGUGUCCUUAUGGGCUAGAGGGGUCAUAUUGUCUCGAUGGCUACUCCGUACUAACCGCCAACAUGUGGCUCGGGAACAGACUCAUGAUACAAGAAGGAAAACACAUAUCCACGAUGUGAAAAGAAGUCAUAAUAGUGAGUGAGUGAGAGGUGCCUCGUUCUUGCCUCCUCCCUGGCAUUAGCAUUCAUGCAGUUUCUGGGUACAACGGUAUGGGUUCAAAUCACAAAACACAUUGGUAUCAUUCAAAAUCAACAGGCUGAUUCUCAAAACAGAUGCGCAUAUAUGCAACCCAUUCCGGGUUGGCCUGCCUGGGACAGGCUGAAUUAUGUCU